AAGGAAGGGUUUAAAAGUAGUCUGGUCAGAAAGGCUACCAGCACCAAAGAAACCAACACCAGGGCUACUGGAAACUCUACUCCUCUCUUGGACCGUGCUGUCAGCAUGACGGAAAAGCCUUCCCUGGACAGCAUUGAGGACAGAGCCUGGCUGGGUGAGGGUCAGUCUGAAACUCAGCUUACAACUGAUCCAGAUGGAGUUGAGACAAAUGAUGGGGACCGGCCAGCAUGGGACUCUAAGAUGCAGUAUGUGUUGGCCCAGGUGGGGUUCAGUGUGGGCUUAGGGAACGUAUGGAGGUUCCCAUACCUUUGCCACCAAAAUGGAGGAGGGGCGUUCAUGCUGCUGUAUGUUUUUCUUCUGCUGAUUGUGGGAGUUCCACUGUUUUUUAUGGAGCUGGCAGCUGGCCAGAGCAUUCGACAGGGCAGCAUCGGUGUAUGGAAGCACAUCUCCCCAAAACUGUCAGGGAUUGGCUACUCCAGCUGCAUUGUCUGUUUUUAUGUGGCCCUUUACUACAAUGUUAUCAUUGCAUGGAGCCUGUUCUACAUGGGUAAUUCUUUUCAGUAUCCUCUGCCAUGGCAACAGUGUCCAAUUGAUGUAACCACUAAUGGCACAGUGAAAGAAUGUGCAAGUAGCUCCCCGACGUCAUAUUUCUGGUUUCGAAAAGCCCUCGACAUCACUAAUUCCAUCGAAGAAUCCGGAGAGUUUAACCCCAUCAUGACCGGCUGUUUAUUGGCUGCUUGGACAGUUGUUUCUUUGGCUAUGAUCAAGGGCAUCAAGUCUUCUGCAAAGGUGAUGUACUUUUCCUCAGUCUUUCCCUACGUGGUGCUCUUUAUUUUCCUCAUCAGAGGGUUGAUGUUGGACGGUGCGAUGGAAGGAAUCACCUAUAUGUUUUAUCCCAAACUGGAAAUCUGGGGUAAUGUGCAGGUAUGGCGACAGGCUGCCACACAAGUCUUUUUUGCCCUCGGUCUGGGCUAUGGCUCUGUUAUUGCAUAUUCCUCCUACAAUCCAGUCAACAACAACUGCCACAGGGACGCGCUGAUGGUGUCCGGCAUCAACUUCAUGACGUCUGUGCUGGCCUCGCUCGUAGUUUUUGUUGUGCUGGGCUUCCGUGCCAAGAACAUUGCACUACGCUGCUUGUCUGAAAAUCUUGGUCUGCUAAGCCUCAUGACGUCCCAUGGACCUAACCAGCACUGGUGGCCUUGGUUCAACAUGACAGAUCCAAGCUCUGUGUCUAUAGCUGAAUACAGACAGUGGUACAGUCACUACAGCUCCAUGGUGGAUUCUAACAUCACUGACUGCAGUCUAGAGGAGGAGAUGAAUAAGGGUGUUGAAGGGACAGGCCUGGCGUUCAUAGCAUUCACUGAGGUGAUGGCCCUCUUCCCAGGCAGCCCUUUCUGGUCCACACUGUUUUUCCUGAUGCUGCUCAACCUGGGCCUCAGCACCAUGUUUGGGACCAUGCAGGGCAUCCUCACGCCUCUUAUGGAUAAUUUUAGCCUCUUGGGGCGCCACCGGACCGUACUCACCGUGUCCAGCUGUGCUUUAGGGUUCUUGAUAGGACUGUUGUUUACCCAGCGCUCGGGCAACUAUUUUGUGACUAUGUUUGAUGACUACUCGGCAACCCUACCAUUAGUCAUCGUAGUAAUUUUUGAAACCAUUAGUGUGGCGUGGGUUUAUGGAACUGAUCGCUUCCUGGAUGAUAUUGAAGUCAUGCUCAAAUGGCGCCCUCCGGUAGUGUACAAAUAUCUUUGGAAAUAUGUUUGUUUACUGGCGAUGGUUGUUCUUCUGGCUGCCAGUUUGUUGCGCAUGGUCUUCAAAGGGCCCACCUACACCGCCUGGAAUCAGAACACGGCUUCUGAGAUGACUCUCGAGUACCCUGGCUGGGCCCUGGGUAUGAUCGUCAUGCUCAUAGUCUUUGCUAGCUUGCCUGUGCCUAUUGGCUACAUCCAUUCCACGUUGAAAAACCGCGGGGUCCGCAACUCUCGCUCUGAAGAGGGAGGCGGCCAGGAGUUGCACCGCGAGUUGUACACCAAGUGCAACUCUGCUGAUCAGCUGGAUUCCAUCCCCCACCACCGAGUCCCCUCUGAAGAAGACGGGCCUUGUCCAAGGACUGCUUUUCUGCCACUGGGCAACGAGCACUACCGGCUCCUGUCCCAGCAGGAGGAGGAAGAUGAGGAGCAAGAUACAGGAGUGUGAGCACAGCUGUGGGAAAGUAGUUGUUCGUGAAAGGACAAGAUGUUGAACCUGGAGAGUGUACAAGCAAGACCCUGUAAGAGAGAGAUGGUAAAGUGAAGGGAGGACAGUCAUAAACAGAAUUAUACUUCAUCAAAGGAACAGUCUUUGGGUUGUACCAUCAUUAUAUUCAAGCAAGCUCUAAAUUGCUGACAGGCCAAAGCAAUUUUAACUAUUUAUAUUAGUGAACUUACAUUACCAGUCAAAUUAAAAGCUUUUUAGAUUCUGUAGUUAUGAAACUCAGCUCCACCUUGUGCAUCCCUCCUUUCAUUUUCUGAAGAAAAAAAAACUCGCAAAUAAAUGAAAAAGGCAAUAAACUGCUUGUUUGGUGAAGCACAGAAUUUAUUGAAGGUUUUAGAUUAGGAGAAUGACCAGCCACCAGUCUGUCAAACUAGGUUUGUCUGUUGUUUCUGCCAGGCUGAUUACAUGUGGGGGUUAAAACUGAGUGGGUUGGUAAAGGAGCUGGUGAACUGAGGAAUGCAAAAACUGACAGAAAUGUAUUUUAUGAUGAGCAUUCUUAACUAAAUAACUAAGUAUGAUUUGCAUGGAAACAUUCUAUCUUGAGAAACUGGUGUGUGUGUGUGGGUGUGUGUGUUUGAAUGUUGUGAAAUGAGAGAUGUUAAUAUGUCAGUUACAUAAGUUUAUUUUACAUCAUGUUUUUAUCAGUUUACCUCAUAAGACCACAGCAAUGUUUUUUUUGUGUUCAUAUAGUGUAUUGUAGCAGUGUUGUAUUGUACUAGAUGAGGACUUAAAUAAACCUCUAGAUGGCA